AUGUCCCUAAUUCGACGGAGAAAAGGCGGAGAAGCCGAUAAGACUUCGACUACAGAGUUGAAGAUUCAGAGCGAAGGGACAGAAGAACAAGAAGAUGAUAAAAAGGAGGGAGCGGCGAAGCAGAGCAACAAGGCGGAGAAGAAGAGCAAAUGGUCUUGUAUGGAUAGUUGUUGUUGGUUCAUAGGUUGCAUUUGUUCUGUAUGGUGGUUAUUGCUGUUUCUAUACAAAGCUAUGCCCGCUUCGUUUCCUCAGUAUGUGACGGAGGCGAUAACUGGACCGUUGCCGGACCCACCUGGUCUGAAACUGAAGAAAGAAGGGCUGACCGCGAAGCAUCCGGUGGUCUUCGUGCCGGGGAUCGUUACCGGGGGCCUCGAGCUUUGGGAGGGUCACCAGUGUGCUGAGGGUUUGUUUCGGAAACGGUUGUGGGGUGGUACAUUCGGAGAAGUCUACAAAAGACCUUCUUGCUGGGCAGAGCACAUGUCACUGGACAAUGAGACAGGAUUAGAUCCACCUGGCAUUAGAGUCAGACCUGUCUCUGGACUUGUAGCUGCUGAUUACUUCGCUCCAGGAUAUUUCGUUUGGGCUGUCCUAAUAGCUAAUUUGGCUCGCAUUGGUUAUGAAGAAAAAACCAUGUACAUGGCUGCUUAUGAUUGGAGAAUAUCAUUUCAGAACACUGAGGUGCGUGAUCAAACACUAAGUCGGAUAAAAAGCAACAUAGAACUUGUGGUUGCUACUAAUGGAGGCAACAAGGCUGUUGUCAUCCCACACUCCAUGGGUGUGCCUUACUUUCUUCAUUUUAUGAAGUGGGUUGAAGCACCUGCUCCAAUGGGUGGUGGAGGCGGACCAGAUUGGUGCGCCAGACAUAUAAAGGCAGUAAUGAACAUUGGUGGACCAUUUUUGGGUGUUCCAAAGUCCGUGGCUGGACUUUUCUCGGCUGAAGCCAGGGAUAUUGCUGUUGCCAGGGCAAUUGCACCAGGCUUCUUAGAUAAUGAUCUCUUUCGCUUUCAAACCUUGCAACAUGUAAUGAAGAUGACCCGCACUUGGGAUUCAACAAUGUCAAUGAUACCAAGGGGUGGAGACACCAUAUGGGGUGGUCUUGAUUGGUCACCUGAGGAAGGCUAUCUCCCUAGCAAGAGAAGGCAAAAACAUAAUGAUACUCAGUCGACAAGCCAAGACACUAAUAUCUCAACAAAUUCUCAAUCAAAACCUGCCAACUAUGGGCGGUUCAUAUCAUUUGGCAAGGAUGUGGCAGAAGCACCUUCUUCUGAGAUAGAGAGGAUUGACUUUCGGGACGCCAUUAAGGGUCCAAAUAUUGCAAAUACCACCUGUCGCGAUGUAUGGACUGAAUACCAUGACAUGGGAGUUGAAGGAGUCAGAGCUGUUGCUGAGUAUAAAGUUUACACUGCUGGCUCUAUUGUAGAUCUGCUUCAUUUUGUUGCUCCAAAAAUGAUGGCUCGUGGUAGUGCUCAUUUCUCUUAUGGAAUUGCUGACAAUUUGGAUGAUCCAAAAUAUGAGCACUACAAAUAUUGGUCAAACCCCUUGGAGACAAAAUUACCAAAUGCUCCUGAUAUGGAAAUCUUUUCUUUAUACGGAGUUGGCAUACCAACUGAAAGAGCUUAUGUUUACAAGUUAUCUUCCUAUGCUGAGUGUUACAUUCCUUUUGAAAUCGAUACUUCAGCGGAAGGUGAUGAUGAGGAUAGCUGUCUGAAGGAUGGAGUGUACACAGUCGAUGGGGAUGAGACAGUGCCUGCUCUGAGUGCAGGUUUCAUGUGUGCUAAAGGUUGGCGUGGGAAAACCAGAUUCAAUCCUCAUGGAAUCCGUACUUACAUCAGGGAAUAUGAUCAUUCUCCUCCGGCCAACCUGCUUGAAGGCCGAGGCACACAGAGUGCUGCUCAUGUUGACAUCAUGGGAAAUUUUGCAUUGAUUGAGGAUAUUAUUAGGGUGGCUGCCGGGGGCACUGGAGAAGAUCUGGGAGGUGAUCAAGUAUAUUCAGACAUCUUUAAAUGGUCCGAAAAAAUUAAGCUGCAAUUGUGAACGAAACGUUGAUGCAUUUUAUGCUUCUCCAAAAGCUCAACAGGACUCUUGCUUGAUCAUGAACAACGCUGUGUUAUGCAAGUGCUAUAUUAAAAGCUUAUGUGAGAUCCUCUUCAGCAGAAUAUUAUUUCCAAAUUCCAAGCACAGAGGAAUGUUGUACACCACAAGUUCUGUGAAUACAUGUAACGUGAUCACCAACGUGUGGCACGAGUGCAGAAUUAGUUUGAUUCCAAAAGUGAAGCCAGCUGUAUCCAGAUUCUGAAAUAUUCUGUUCCUAUUGAUUAUUUUGUGCAAUAAAGAAGAAGAAAAAGUGUUUUACCAAAAAAA